AUUAUUCUAUCCUGAUCAGUCAAUCCAAACUUAGAAUAAUCCUUUUUCCUUACUAGUUACUAUGUUUUAAAAAUCUGACUAUUCUCCUGCCUAAUAUCAACAAAACUGGCAAAUAUAACAAGCUGAUGAUACAUCCCUCCCAAAGUCACUUGUCUGUUGCAAAAGACUACAUAGCUUUAAAGACCACGUAGCUCAUAGAUAAGGUAGCCUUAUUACCAAACCUCCUCUGCAGAUCGAUCGAUUAGUAUAAAAGCGCCGCCUACAGACCAAUCACCUCUCACGGAAGAUGGCGUCGGCACGUGUGGAGCAUCCUGCGGACUUGGUUGUGUGGGGGGGAGAAGAAUUGGGACCUGUGUCUCUUGCCUCAGAAGAUACAGAUAAUGACAACAGGGAAAUACCCCGUCCUUGCCCAUUUGGAAAAUACCGAUGGAGCUUGGAGACCCUUAUACCCUUCCGCUGUUCCUCACUAGAGUCCCACGCUGUAGAUAAUGCAGGUUUAAUAUCAUCUUCAGUCUUUCUGUGGAUGAUCCCCAAAAUGUGGGCCAUGUUCAAGAAUGGGCUGGAUACAUCCGACCUACACCUGUCUCCUUUUGAUGUAGCAGACAUUAGCGCAAAAAGGCUCCAGAGGCUAUGGAAUGAAGAAGUGGCAAGGAGAGGCUUGGAGAAUGCCUCACUGAUUCGGGUAACUCUUCGUUUUCAAAGAACUAGACUGAUUCUGUCCGCCCUCGUUUCCAUUCUUGCCAUGGUGGCGGCCUUUUUGGGGCCGGCGGUCGUCGUUUAUAAGAUCUUAGACUACGUUUGCGACCCAGGAGAAACCAGUGGUGUUGGUUUGGCCUUUGCUUUGUUCACCACAGAGUUUCUCAAAACUUCCAUGAUAUCCUUGCAGUGGGCAUUAACACUGCGUACGGCCAUCAGACUGAAAGGUGCCUUAUGCUCUUUGGGCUUCCAGAAAGUCACAUCUCUGCGAGUACUUGGCGACGUGUCAAACGGAGAGAUUCUUAAUAUUUUGACAAAUGUUGGACACAAUGUUUUUGAGGCAGUUGUGAAUGGGAGCUUUGUGAUGUCCACCCCUGUACUCUUUGUUACGGGCAUUUGUUAUGCCUGGAACAUUCUGGGCUACACCGCAAUUAUUGGAGUCCUCAUCUACGUCAUCUGUAUUCCUAUUGAAUAUCUCUUGGCAUAUCUCACAAAUGUAUUCAAGACAAAAGCAAUGGUAAUAAAAGACAAACGUGUUCAUACAAUGACUGAGAUUCUCAACAGCAUUAAGCUAAUCAAGAUGUACGCCUGGGAAGAAUCUUUUGAGAUGAAAAUUGCAGAGUUGAGGAAACUUGAAAAGAAACUAGUACAGAAGAUCCUUGAAAUCCAGAUUAUUAAUGGCAGCUUGACCAUGGCCAUCAGCACCAUUGCCACUGUUUUCACCUUUCUCAUCCACACUUUGUUGGGGUUACCACUGAAAACAUCUGAUGCUUUUACUGUUGUUGCCAUCUUCACCUCCAUGAGGUUCACCUUUGCUCUCAUGCCGAUUGCUGUGAAGGCCCUCACUGAUGCUUUUGUGUCACUAAAACAACUUAGGAAAAUCUUACUCAUCCAGAAUCCUGAGCCUUACCUGACGCAGAUAGCAGGCAGUAAUUCUGCUGUAGUGAUGAGAAAUGCUACACUUUCAUGGACCAAACGCAGCCAGUCAGAGUCACCGCCCAGAGCAGCUAAUGAGGUGACGGAACACAAUAUGGACGUGCCUUCUCCGAAUGAAAAUGUUGAGACCUUACCAACCCUCAGAAACAUCUCUUUUACACUACCCAAGGGAAAACUGCUUGGUGUUUGCGGGAAUGUGGGUAGCGGAAAGACGUCACUGAUUUGCAUCAUUUUGGAGCAGAUGUACCUUCUUCAGGGCUCCAUCACAGCUGAUGGGACAUUUGCGUACGUUUGCCAGCAGGCCUGGAUUUUUCAUGGAACUGUUCGAGAAAAUAUUCUUAUGGGGGAACCUUUCGAUCAGGCCAGAGUUCUGUGAUGAGAUCCUGGUUCUGGACAAUGGAACAGUAUGGGAGUCUGGAAACCACAGGGAUCUGAUGAGAGCUGAUGGACGCUAUACUCAGCUCAUCAGUACCUACCAGAUGGAAGAGUCCAAAGCCAAGAAAAAGAAAGCUGGGGACAUGGCCCUAGCAUCAUUUAUUGAUGGCCAGUUGGAAGAGAUUGACCUCAGACAUUGUGCAAGCACUGGCACUGAGAAUCCUGCUGCUGUCCCAGCUGGUAAUCAGCUAGUGAGUCAGGAGUCCUCUACAAAAGGUGCCAUCUCCUGGAGAACAUACUGCACAUACUCCCAGGCACUUGGAGGCUACACAGUUUCCUUCAUUAUCCUCCUGAAUAUGUUCCUGUUGGCAGGAUCCACAGUCUUCAGCAAUUGGUGGUUUAGCUUCUGGGUGGCAAGUGGUGAUGGGUUUUAG